AUGACGGCUGUUGCUGAAUUUCCGAGCAACUGCUCUACUAAUACAAUAGUCCUGCAAGAUUUUGGCGAAGUGGCAUAUAUAGUCUGCACGGUGUCGAUACCACCACAGAACCACAAUGCUCCUCCGGACCCUUCUCCGGAGAGCAAUCUGGCCAGGCUCAAGCAUACCGAGAAACAGUUCCACCAGGCCUCAAUUUUAGCAUCAAUCGAUAACGAUGCACUUCAACUUUUCACCUUCUACAAGAAGAUUGACGUUUUGAAGGAUCAACGAACAAUCUUGACCAAAUUUGGCCAGAUCCUCAGGAGCAACUCCUGCACAAUCAGCUACAAGGCAGCUGCACGAGCUCCAGAUUUGCUCAAACCAGAGAACGGUCGUCUUUACCGCUUAUUCAUUACUGCUGUCUUGGCGAAUAUCGAAAUCACUGUGACCGAUGGUCGCAGACUCACUCCGCUAGGACAACGUUACCACGCAGUCGAGGUUCUGAAUGCACCCAGAAGCCUAAUUGAGAAUGACUUGGAGGAGUGGGCACUGAUGCGCACCGACCUCCAAAUGGUCCAUACGGGGCAGAUUAUCCUCACAGUCUCUGAGCAGCGCCAUCUAACUCCAUUGACGGUGUCAGCCAGGGGAUUGCAACAGCCCAUCGAUUACGGUAAGCCAUGGAGAGCAAUGCCCGUUGUUCUGGCUCCAACUGGCCAGCUUGCGGUGUAUCGGAAUGGAUGGAUCGGAAGGGCAGAGGAUGGACACGGGCAUCCCAAGGCGUUGUCUAAGCAUCUCCUAGCAUCGCUGCACAUCUGGCAAGGACUUUUCGAGAAAUGGAGCAAGCUGGAACCAUACGUGGACACGCAGAUUGACGACCUUUGGGCUGAGUUGUCAAUACCUGUUCAAGAGCAACCAGUCACUGAGCCUCCUACCUCACCUAACGCGAAGAAACACGAAAUUAAGAGUUCGAUGAGCUUCAAAACAUUGUUUUGGCCUGCAAAGUGGUGUUUUGCGUUCGAUCUCUCACGUGGCUUCAGUGAUGAUGGCAGCGGCACAGAAGCGGAAUACGAUCCUGUGCAAUUCAUCCUGGAAUGGUUCGAAACUUUGGGCAAUGGUGACUAUGGAUUGAGCCAUUCGACAAAUCGCACAGCCUCGGCUGAUAACGACGACGCUUCUAUUUUUCCGGAAGACACUGCUUUCGAGAACGCCGAGACCUUCCAACCCUUCGGACCGCCAGUAUUUCCUGCGAGCCAGACGGUUUACCCAACGCCUCCGGAUGUAGUCAUGACACAUGCCACUCCUGCAAUGUCCUCGGUCGAUGGCAUGGCGGCAACACCAGCGACUCUCUCGCGAAUAGCGGCCGAGGCCAGCACCCUCCGUCAAGACCAAGCCAUGGAGGUCGACAGCGGCAUCGCAGUUGGUGUAGGGUCGGGACUGUACGACGAGGAUUUGUUCGAAGAUAUGCCUGAUGAGGCCUUCGGGCAGAACGCUGCUGGCGACGAACCUAACUGGGACUUCUUUGACAAACCCACGUUAGAGGCAGAGGCAGCAGAUAUCGAGCUUGCGGACGCUAUGGAUGUUGACCCUUUAACGCAGCCAUCGGAUGGGGCCGGAGAUGAAGAACAGAACAACGCAGCUGGUAAUGUGAGUGCUCCUCAGGUGUCAAAGGCCGAGACUUUGGCAUCGCAGCAGCAUGAAGAGAUGGCCGAGCAGGUGCCAUCAUCCGUAUCACCCAGCGAGGAUGCACCGAAAAUGGGCAGAGCAUCGGCAGACCCGUUGAUAACGGAGGAAUUUCCAGCGCCAGAAUCUGGGGAUACCAGACCCCGUCGCCCGAGUGUCUUUGACGGAGUCCACCGUCGUACAACGUCACCACAGCGUGAUCAACGCUACACAGCUACAGGUUCUUUCCACUUCAAUGCACGAGCGGCACCAACUAAAAUGGCUGCAUCGCCUCCAAGUCUUGACCAGUGGAUUAAGCGAAGCCCUUCUCCUUCAGUUUCAAGCGACAGCGACCUUAGCGGUUAUGAGACGCCCAUCUACGCGGAUAGUCCGCUAGAAUAUAGAAUACCAACCCCUGGACAGCUUCCGGAUGAAAGUACAAGUAUGGCAGCAGAGGGGCAGAAUCUGAAGAUCGAUACAGAGGCUCUUGAGCAAGAGGCGCAUCUCGUCUUCGAGCUUGUCAGUGUUCAGCAUACGCGAUCCACGCUUGACGACGCAGUCGUUUUUGCCAAACCCGCAGGUCUAGGAUCACAGUUCGACAAACCAAAUGUUCGCAACGGUUUUGCUCACGAAGUUGUUCACCAGAUCACCCAGACUUGCCUGCUUCACGAUGUUUAUGGAGUUUCAUCGUUGACCGUUGAUGGCGCAUCUCGACACGAUGUUUCCCUAACUAUGGGCAACCUGGCCGACGGCACGGGGUUCUCGAAUGUAGCGCACUUGUGUGGCAUCGUCCCGCCAACCAGCGGCAAGAAGCCGAUCGGGCGCACCACAAGACUACCUGAACCGGAAGUGACCAUGAAGAGGCUAGACAAGCAGAUUACAGCACGGCCAUCAAUCCUUCCUUUCUGGGAUACCUUAGGACUGCAGCCAGCACCAAAGUCGAAGGAUGUGACAGCGUUCUGCCUGCAUCCUCAUGGCUCCGGAAUGGCCGAUAGCUGCCUCGAUUUCUUGGAUCGCAUAUCGGACGCAUAUGUUUCCUGCAACUUGGGUCAACAUCAGGCCGGAAGUAUUGCCGGCGUGAGUAGCGAUGGCUUGCUUGAGGCUGACCCCAAUGAUCAGGGCAUGUUCCUCGGGCCUGUGAGGCGGUUAGGAGAAGCACUUGCCAAGCCCACUCAGAAGGGCGGUACCCUGGUCAUCUACCUGAUUGCCAACUCGCGUCAUGACAUGGCCUACGUCUACUGCUCUGUCGCAGCAUACGCCAUUCGACGGCAUGUUGAGCAAGGCUGGGCCAAGCGUUCUGAGCAGCUGAAUCUGGUCUUCCAAGUUGUGCCCCCGGACUUUGUUGCCUCGUCACAGGAAGUGGUUGUUCCAGCACAGUCAGCAUAUAACUCCGUGGCAUUGGGUGUCUACAGCCGAAUACCUCCUUUCGAUAUCGAGACCUCUCUCGGCAUCUGCGAGUAUCCUCUGGUCCUCCCUGAGGGUAGAGACGGUGUCAACUUCGGCCUAGAAGCCGGUGUCAUCUCACCCCUUUCUAAAGACGGAGCCUGUCUGCAUGUCGGCUACUCGUGGAGCGAUGAUCGACGGUGGCUCGUGGCCGCCUGGACUGAUGCGAGAGGAUUUCUCUCCUUCGUGAUGCCAUAUCAGAUCAAGUCUCACAUUCUCGGGCCUGCACGUUCAAUUGACGAGGUGGUCAAAGACAUGUGGGCGAUUUCGCACGAACUCAUGGCUCGGCAACGGAACAGGUGGAAAUUGGUGGUAUCGAGAGCAGGCACUUUCGAGGCGCCUGAGAUCAAUGCCUGGAUGUCCGUGGCCAAUUCUCGAGCCGAGAGUGCUAAGUCGAAGUGCUCAUUGUCUCUACUCACGGUGGAGUUGAAUCCGACGCUACGAAUUUUUCCACAAGCAGAGCAUGGCAAAAGUGCACAAAAUGCUUAUGGGACGCCAGCCUCGACACCUCAAGGAGGAGUCACGUCUCCUGAACAAGUUGUUGCUGCGACACCCACUCCGGGUGGCACGUCGACUUUGAAUGCUCCCACGCCGCCUGAACAGGGAUUCGAUCCAAACGCGGAUAACGACCUUAGCAUCGUCGACCCGGGAGAGGAGAGCUGGGCGGUUAUACUCCCAUAUGGAGUCAACCAAUCCAAGGACAUUCUCGAAAUACGGCCUGCAGUGGCCAGUGGCUAUCUUGUGAAGCGAAACGGGAUCAGGGAAGAAGAUGGCCUCACCAUGCUGGGUGUGCACAUGAUUUGGCCUACGCCAAAUCCAAGUACCACACCACCUGGGCAGCGCGAAGACGAGUUGGAGGACUUGGUGAACGACUUUCGAGGACUUGUGACCCUCGCAGCUGCCAGAGGCUGCAUUGACAAGGCGACAAGUUGCGUGCCAUGGCAUAUACAUACAUCUGUCACUGGGGCAACCACAUUAGGCAAACUCAUUUGA